GCCAUUUAGUAGUGAUCCCACCCAACAGUGAGCAAGUUGGUGUGUGUCGCGCCGUACAGAGUGAAAAACUUAAUGAAAAUGUUGCGAUUAGCGACAUUUGUCGGUGUCCUGACGGUAUUUACGUGGAAUUUAAGCGGAAUAACGGGUUUGGACAACAGUAUUAGUUCGGGAGGCACCGUGUCACAUUUUGAGCCACAAGUGGCGAUGCUCUGCGAUGCCGGUCUCCAUGGACAAGAAGCUUACCAUCCUAAAUUCAUGACGGAGCAAGGCGAGUGGUUGUCCGACUUGUAUUCGAAAGCAGCCUGCUUCAAAGACAAAAUGGAUAUUUUAAAUUACUGCAAAAAGGUGUAUCCCAAAAGGGACAUCACCAACAUAGUCGAGAGCAGCCACUACUUAAAAAUUGGAUCAUGGUGUCGGGCCGGUGCUACUGUAGGUUCACAAUCCAGAGGGAAAUGCAAAACUGCAAGAUGGGUCAAGCCGUUUAGAUGUUUAGAGGGUCCAUUCCAAUCAGACGCUCUUCUAGUCCCAGAGAAUUGCAUGUUUGAUCACAUUCACAACCAAAGCAACUGCUGGACAUUCUCCAAGUGGAACUCAACCGCGGGAACGGCGUGUCAGGAAAAAGGGCUCCAAUUGCGCUCGUUCGCCAUGCUGCUACCUUGCGGGAUAUCGCUGUUCAGCGGCGUAGAGUUCGUUUGCUGCCCCAAACAUUUUAAAGAUAGUGUAAAACCCAAAAAGCAAGUUGACUUGACGAUUCUGAAAAAAGAGCAAGACGUUUUCUCCGACACAUUCGACGAUUCCGACGAUUCCGACGAGGACGACGACAAAGACGACUUGGAAGAUCUUGCCGACGAUACCGAGCUCGCCGACGAUCCUAGUAUCGAUGACGAUGACGAUGAGGACGAAGACGACGACGAUUACGAUGACCCCGAUUGGGAUACGACGCAGCAAAGCACAACAACCGCGUUUAAGUCUUCUACGAGCACCACCAGUACGACGACAAGUACGACCACCACUACGCAGAGGACCACGACGGAAGCUACUCCGGAUCCAUAUUUCACUCACUUCGAUCCCAGAAACGAGCAUCAGAGUUAUAGGGAGGCGCAGGAACGUCUCGAGGAAACGCACAGAGAGAAGGUCACUAGAGUUAUGAAAGACUGGUCCGAUUUAGAGGAACGAUACCAAGAUAUGCGAUCGACGGAUCCCAGGGGCGCAGACGAGUUUAAGCAGAGAAUGACUCAGAGAUUCCAACAGACCGUUCAAGCUUUGGAAGAGGAGGGUGACGCCGAGAAGCAUCAGUUGGCCGCGAUGCACCAACAAAGGGUGUUGGCGCAUAUUAAUCAAAGAAAGAAGGAAGCCAUGACGUGUUACACUCAAGCCCUGAAUGAAAAUCCGCCAAACACGCAUAGGGUGCAAAAAUGCUUGCAAAAACUACUUCGUUCCCUUCACAAAGACCGCGCGCAUGCGAUCAGCCACUACCGCCACCUGCUGGCCAGUAGCAUAGAAGCGGCCGCUCGAGAACAGCCAAGAGUUCUUGAACGCUUAACAGAUAUCGAUCGGACCGUUAAUCAAAGUAUGCAGAUGUUGAAACGCUAUCCGGAACUGUCCGCUAAAAUUGGUCAACUGAUGGACGACUACAUUCAGGCUUUGAGAUCGAAAGACGAAACUCCCGGUUCGCUUUUAGCCAUGACAGCGGACGCCGAGCAGGCAAUUUUGGACAAAUAUAAAUCCGAAACCGCCAAUAAGCAAGCGGAGAGAGAGCGACAAAGAAUCCAAGAGAAAGAGAGGAAGGAACAGAGGAAAAAGGAAAGGGCGGAGUUGAAAGAGGAGAAGAAAAGAGUGGAAGCUGCUUUAGGCAAAAAGAUUAGUAAUUUUGAUGACGAGGAUAUGGAAGACGAAUCUGUUCCUGAUGAGAAGCCUUCCACCCCAGUAUUCAUUGGCUCCACGGCCGAGAGUACCGUAUCCGAAGCGGUUAGCAAUUUCGUUACGGCUACCACUAACCGUAAAGAGGUGGACGACGUUGCGGUACAAGAGGCUGUAGAGGAGGUGGCAAAAGCCACUGCUCACCGACAGGACGUUAUCAAAGUAGCUCAUAUUAUGUCGCAUGAUAUCAGCCACGGGGAACCAAGUUACUCAGUGAGGCGAGAAGUAUAUGGUAGAAAGGAAGGCCGCAGCGUGUACUUCACUCUCGCCUUUGCCGGAAUGGCACUAAUGGCGGCAAUAGUGGUAGGAGUCGCCGUAGCACGUCGCAGAUCGGUCCGAUCGCCUCAGAGCCAAGGCUUCGUGGAAGUGGACCAAGCCGCCACACCCGAAGAAAGACACGUCGCCAACAUGCAAAUCAACGGUUAUGAAAAUCCGACUUAUAAAUACUUUGAGGUAAAAGAAUAAGCCGUCUAAAAAAAAAAAAAAAAUUAAAAACCGACGUGUUCGGACUUUUGAUUUUGUUGAUUUUGUAUAUUUCCUGAUAUUAUUUUUAAGAUCUGUGGUUUUUAUAUUUUGUUAAGUUUGAGCUAUUUGAGUAGGGUGAUUCGAUCAUUCCAUUUCGGUUAGUCGUUUUUCAAUUUCCCGGACCGCAGAAUCGCCGAAACUAUAAACUUUUGGCGUCGUUUUUGCUUGCGCGUUUUCCUUCUUUUCGUUUUAGACAUUCGUACUUAAAAUAAUCUGAGGCAACUUGAUAAUAAUUCAACAUAUGCAAAAAAGUAUAUAUAGAUAUUUUGGGAAAUUACGGAUACUUUUAAUAGGGAAAGUAAUUAAGUUUUGCAUAUGAAGUCCACGUAUUAAUAUUAUGUAAUCGGUCUCUCGCGGUACCGUAAUUAUACGUGAGCGCGUAGCUUUUAAAAAUUGAAUAGGUAGGUAGCUAAAACUGAUGGCGUGUAAUUACGAUACGCGGCCCUAGCAGCUAGACACUAUAUGGUACCCUCCAUAACGUAUUAAUAAAAAUUUAGAUUGUAACCGCAUGUUACUUGACAGCUUUUGUACAAAGUCGUUUUAUUUUUGUUACAAAUCUAAAGAGCUCUCUUCACCGUACGUUUUUGCUGGAGUUUUGGGCGACUUACGAUAUAUCGAAAGUUGUAUAGACUUCGGGAAAUCGACUCAUUACUCGAGGUGCAAGUUAAAUUGUUAUCCGCGCGUCGGAAACGCAUUUAAUACUGAAACAGUUUCCGAUAAUUUGGAAUUUUAGAGUAAAGGAUACAAUUUGGCAAGCAAGUUUUCAAUUUUUGAUAUAGCACAAUAAAUAACUGAAUAGCUUUGCAAUCCUAUCUUUGAAUAAUUUCCUUCAGAAACGGAAAUACGUUAACUUGGGUUUAUUAAAAUGUGGGUUACAAACUGUCGGUGACGAUAGUAUGUUCCAGGAGAGUGAAUUUACCAAGAUAGGCUUGUAACUGUACGACGUGUGUCAUAUCAAAAUUACUUUGUGAAUCUCAUUUUUCAUUACUUCUUUGGAAAGGUUUUACUUCAAUCAUUCUUUAUUUUUUAAUUGAACAAGCUUUAAGAAUUAUAAAUAUAGCUUAAUGUGUACAGACUUAGGGGUGUCUAAGAAUUAAUUCAAUAAAAAUACAGUAGACCAUAUUUAGGACAGAAAAAUUUUACCUAAACAUGGACGUGUGUUCGAUGUUCGUAAUAAAAUCUAUUUCGUACUGUUUCAUAAAGAAAAUUCGAUCACUUUUCUUCUGUUUCAAGAUGUAUGAGUUUUCAUUUCUUUAAUUAUUAGAUUAGUUUUAGAUAUUAAUGUUUUGUGGCCAUGUAAUUUUAAAUUUAAUGUAAUAAAUAAUUAAAUUAU